AUGAACAAGAUCUUACGGUACAUACCCUGGGCAUACAUUCAGUUGUCCCCCUUGUGUCAUAUCACAAUUAAUAAUGUUGUUCAGACCUUCACUUGGCAGAAGUCUCAAGUUACUGCUGUGCCUACUCAUGCUGCUGUAACUCCUACUGCCGCUGCUCCAAUUGAUGCUACCUCCAUUGUUGCUACCCCCAUCAUUGUUACCACCAUUGCUGCCACUAUUGUGCCCAUUGCUGCCACUAUUGCAUUGAAUGCAACUAUGCUUCAACACCCCCAUAGGCAACGGCAACUGCCUCUGAGGUUCUGUAAAAAUAGCCCAGUUCGUACUGGCGCUAGUCAUAUGCCAGAUGAUGAAGAGUACAUUGACAUCGGCAAUGUCUCUGGGGAUGAAGAAGCUAACUUGCCUGCACCCACCGUUAGGGCUCCUCCAGUUCCUAGCCCUCUGCAGACAGCUACUAGUACCAUCUACUCCACCCAAGUUGAUCCCUUGGCUAUAGGUGUUCGAGGAACACAGCCUAAAAGGAAGAUUCAGCUACUAAAUGCAAGAUUUGCCGAAUCUGUGACCUUGUCCAGGGAGUUGCAGAAGGUGGACAGUUCACACCAGGUUAUGUCCUACAAGCACUCAACCGGCACUUUUGCCUGUCGUACUCAUGCUUUCUAUCACCACACUGACAUUUUCCUGCAAGAGCCGGAGCGCCUACACUGGUCUAUCUACGUACAGCCUCUCAAUGAGCGACUUGCUGAAGGGUGGACUUUGGCAGCUAUCUGUGAAAGACUUUGA